CAGUCCCCUGUCCUAAGAUGGCCGCCAAGUGACGACGCUGCAGACUCCGUCUUGAGACAUCCAGUGUUUGUAUAUAUCUAUGUGUACAGCAGCUGAUCGGAGCAGAUCCUUUCAGAUCAUCGUUUCCGUUUUGGCCCCGUGAACGAGCAGAGCACCACCACUGACUGAGCAGGAACCUGCUGCGCGUGCGUGAGAGGCCUGUUUGUUGUGCUGGAGAGACCACCGAGGCCUGCGGACAAUGCUAAGCUAAACGGUAAUCGGGCUUCAUUAAUGUCAGCUGUCGGUGGACGAAGUGAACGGUGAGGGAAUAUCCUUCCAGCUCCGUGCGGCCAAACGCUGAAGGUCUGAGGGACAUGUGGAUCAUUGUUUAAGCCUGCUGUGAAUGUGCACAGAGUCGAUGCUGGAAUCCUGCGGAGCCUGUCUGCUGUUUACAGAGACAUUUUGCUAGCGCUCACGUCCAGCUGGAAGAUGUGGUUGAAACUGUUCUUCCUUCUCUUGUAUUUCAUAGUGUUAUUUAUGUUGGCGAGGAUUUUUGAGGCAGUGGUUUGGUAUGAGACUGGUAUGUUUGCUACCCAGCUUGUGGAUCCAGUAACUCUAAGUUACAAGAAGUUGAAGACCAUCCUGGAGUGUCGAGGGCUGGGAUAUUCUGGACUGGCUGAGAAGAAGGACGUCAGAGAGCUUGUGGAGAAAUCAGGAGACUUGACACAAGGGGAGCUGUACUCAGCCAUCAAGAAAAAGGAGGAGCAGACAGAUGCAGGAGAUUCCAGUACCACGCACUUUAGUGGAGAGAUGCACUUCUACGAAUUAGUGGAGGACACUAAAGAUGGGAUCUGGCUGGUUCAGGUCAUUGCCCAGGACCGGGAAGCCCUGCUCAGUCAGUCCAACUGGGGGAAGAUGGUGCAAAAAGUGUCUCAGUUUGGGAUCAGAACUGGGACCUUCAACUGUUCUAAUGACUACAGGUCAUGCAUCAAACGUGGUUGGCAGCGCUCCACUCUCAUCAUGUCUGUUCCUCAGACUUCAGCGUCUAAGGGCAAAGUCAUGCUGAAGGAAUACAAUGGCCGUCGCAUUGAAACCGAACACAUUUUCCGCUGGAUGACCUCACAUGUGGCUCAUCGAAUCAAAACGUUGCGUCAGUCAGAGCAGCUAAUGGAGGAGUGGCACUCUGAUCCUACUUACCCAGUAAAGAUGUUUCUGUUCGCCUGUCUGUCCCAGCCGCCCACCUUUUUCUCCUCACUGUCCGUCAAGUUCACUGGCAGGAUUGAGUUCAUCUUUGUGGAUGUACGUCACUGGGACAACCUCAGCAGCCUGUCUGACAUCGGUGUGACACAGAGUCCUGCCUACAUUCUCAAGAUGCCUGAAGGCAUUUAUCGUUACGGUGACAGUACCGGGGAGUUCCUGUCCUUAGCGGCCAUGGAUACGUUCCUGCGUUCAGUACAGCCAGAGGUCAAUGAUCUGUUUGUCCUCAGUCUGGUCCUCAUCAACUUGCUGGCCUGGAUGGACCUCUUCAUUACACAGGGGGCAACAGUGAAACGAUUUGUAGUUCUCAUUCGCACCCUUGGAACCUACAACUCUGUGCUGCUGGUGUCCUGGCUUCCUGUUCUGGCUCUCCUUCAGCUGCCCUAUCUGGACACUCUGUAUGGUUACAGUUUGAAGCUGCUGCGUUAUGCUGAUACCACCACAUUGGCCAGCCUUGUGAGAGCCGACUGGACCUUCUACUCAUCCCACCCAGCUCUCUUCCUGUCCACUUACCUGGCCCAUGGUCUGCUGGUUGACUACUUUGAGAAGAAACGCCGCUGUGGUGCCAGGAGUCUAGAGGACAGCACCACCAACCUGGAGUGGCUGGCCAGUUUGUGGGACUGGUACACGUCCUAUCUGCUCCACCCCAUUGCUUCACUACAGCAGUUCCCAUCUGACCAUUCAGACUGGGAGGAUGAUCCCAACUUCUUAUUUGAGCGUUUUGCAUUCCCUGAUCUGUGGCUUCGCCCACUGGUAAACAUAGAUUACAUAAAAGCACUGCCAACCUGGAGGGUCAGAGCUGUUAGUCUUUACAGUGGGAACAAAUCAGAUGGAAACCUGGAUGAGGAGAGCAGUUGCUCACAUUCAGAUACAGAGUGCAGGGCAAACAGGGACUCCCCUCUUUCGUGUCCCAUCAGACCUUUACACAGGAGCACACGACACAAGAGAUCACUGUGCAGUGAGGACAGCAGCACACAGCUGUCUGUGUGCAGGAACAUGAACCCCAGCCGCUGCCAGCAUGUGUGCACUGCUGUUGCAUCAUCCCUCUGUUGCUGUCAUAGGAACGGAAGCUCACCAGCAGCUGACAAGGCACUGAAGGAUGGCUGCCUCACACCACAGUGUGUCUCGAACUGUCAGCAGUGUGACUGGGCGGGGUGGCCCUGUGACAUGCUUCAGUGUUCAGAAUGUGUGGUGUGUCUGGAGAACUUUGUGAGUGAGGAGCUGCUGAUGGGUCUGCCCUGUGGCCAUGCCUUUCAUCAGCAGUGCAUUGUGGUGUGGUUGGCAGCAGGCAGACACUGCUGCCCAGUGUGUCGAUGGCCCAGUUACAAGAAAAAACAGCAGAGAGCUGCACAGAGCGGCUUCAGUGAAAAUACACUGCAGGAAUGAUGAGCAGGAAGGUACUCUUCUGAUCUCUGUGUCUCCUGUUAAACUCACUGGGCAUUUAGACAAUAUCUCACAUCACAAUUUGCUUGGAAUGAAGUUAGGACUGAGGAGGAAUUGAAAAGAAAAAUAAGUGUAAAGUAAACGUAAUAGAGGCUGCUGUUAUUUUGAAUCAUUAGCUUGUUCCGUUCCUGUUGAAGGCAAUGUGCUGAGCAUCAAAAAGAUGGAACUAUCAAAGCCUACUGCAAUGCUUUCUGCAUAGAGGUAACGACUCACACAUUAUCCACAUGUAUAAUCACAGUACACUAUGUAGUGCAAUAAACACAUAAUUAUAGUUUUGCCUUAUUCAUCUAGCAGAGUACUGCAGCUUAUAGGAUUGUGAGGAAAGUAGAGGCUGUCCACCCCCAAAAACUACGACAAGAAGUGACGGACCAAGCGAAAUGCAUCAAAAUAUAACUGUAUAAAAAUACACAUGUACAAUGUCUGCUCCAUCCUGUAUGCCUACCACAUACAAAAAGCAUUCCUUUAUGUGUUGUAAUUAGCAUUUUGUUAAGAAUGGUAGGGAUCUGAAAAGCCUUGUUUCUCUGUUACUGGUCAUCACAGGAAAUCUGUAUUAGCACAGAAAUAAUAUUCUAAUGGAAGAGUAUCACUGCAAGCUCUUGUGCUGUGAUUCUGAAGGUAUUGACAUGAUCACACUAACAGCCAGUUUUCACAAAAUCUUCCAUUUGACAUGUAAUUGUUCAUUUUUAUUACACUACCAGUCACACCUUCUCAUUCAAUGUUUCAUCUUUAUUGUUCCUACUUUCUACAUUGUAGAUUCUUAAUGAAGAAAUCAAAACGACGAAGCAAGAUAUCCAGAAUUAUGUUGCAAACAAACAAUUGUGAAAUAACUCUAAAUAUGUUUUACCUUGGGCUUCUCUCAGUGAGCUUCAUGAGGUAGUCACCUACAAUGGUUUUCACUUCACAUGGGGGGCCUGGUCAAAGUUCAUUUGUGGAAUUUCUUGCCUUCUUAAUGGGAUUGGGGCCAUCGGUUGUGUUGUGCAGAAGUCAGGUUGGUCCACAGCUGACAGACAGAUAUUAGAGCGUAGAUAAAUGCCACAGAGUUCUAGUAGCAGACACAUCUCUACAUCAACUGUUUAGAGGAGACUGUGCCUGUCAGGAUUUCAUGGUGAAAUAGCUGCUAAGAAACUAUUCCUAAGGAAAAGCAACAAGCAGAACAGAUUUGUUUGGGCCAAGAAACACGAGGAAUGGACAUUAGACCAGUGGAAAUCUGUCCUUUGGUCUGAUGACUCCAAAUUUUAGAUCUUUGGUUCCACUUGGAGCUGCACAGUGGAGUAGUGGUUAGCACUUUCUCCUUGCAGCUAGAACAUCCCUGACCUUCCUGGGAUCUUUCUGCAUGGAGUUUGCAUGUUCUCCCUGUGCAUGCGUGGGUUUUCUCCGGGUACUCCGGCUUCCUCCCACAGUCCAAAAACAUGCUGAGGUUAAUUGGUUACUCUAAAUUGUCCGUAGGUGUGAAUGUGAGUGUGAUUGUGUGUCUGUAUAUGUAGCCCUGUGACAGACUGGUGACCUGUCCAAGGUGUCCCCUGCCUUCACCAGAGUCAGCUGGGAUAGACUCCAGCACCCCCCAUGACCCCAGUGAGGAUAAAGCGGUGGAUAGAGGAUGGAUGGAUGGUUCCACCCGCUCAGUCUUUGUGAGACGCAAAAAAAUUAAACGGAUGGUCUCUAGAUGAAUAGUUCCCACUCUGAAAGGAGGAGGAGGUGUGAUGGUGUAGAGGUGCUUUGUUGGUGACACUGUUGGGGAUCAAAAUUGGAGGAGGCCUAAACCAGGAUGGCUACCACAGCAUCCUGCAGGGACAUGCCAUCCCAUCUGGUUUGCAUUUAGCUGGACCAUCAUUUAUUUUUCAACAGGACAAUGAGCCCACAAACACCUUCAGGCUCUGUAAGGGCUACGUGACAAAGAACGAGAUGAUGGAGUGCUGUGUCGGAUAACCAGGGGCCUCAUUUAUAAAGCUUGCAUACACAGGGCUAGAAAGUUGUGUACGCCACUUUCUACGCAAAGGUUGUGAUUUCUAAAACAAACUUGGCGUGAGAAUGUGCGCACCGGUGCUCCAACUUUGAUUCUUACUUAAGCACAUUUUGGAGACAGAGGGAACGGCAGUGCCGGAGGGUGAAGUGGUGAAUUGAAACCAGACUGAUCUCAAACCUUUAUUGUUAUCACAUAUUAGACUUGUAGAGCCGGAUAAUCAUAAACCCUCAUUGUUGUAGAUGUUCAUAUAGUGCGCCAUUCGGCCGACGACUGUAUUUGCAGAACUAUGUUCAUAUAUCAAACUUCCAUCUUCAAAUGAUAUAGAGCGGUGAGCGGCACUGAUUGAUUACUGAUUUGGAAAAGGCCUGUGACAAUCAGUCCAAUCGCUGAUCAAGUGGAUAAAUAGCGGGUGACAGCCGAUUCAGAUUCCCUAGAGCAGUACUCUUGGAUCUAUGUGCUGAACUGGGCCGUCUUAGAGCAACCCCCCCCGCCCAAAUCAUCCCGGUACAGACACUGGAGCUGACGACUCGGGGGUUUCUGGCUCCUUCCAGCGUUAAGUGGCCGACAGGUCUGUGUUUUAUAUGAAGAAUAUAUGAGGUUACAUUUGUUGUCUAAAUCCUAUCUGGGUCUGAUAUACAGUUAAAUGAUGUCCUUUAGGUCUGGAUAUCACAACCAUCCCUCAGUGCAAUAAUGCCAGCUGCUUUGGAUGACAUUAUAAACAUGACCAGUCAGUACAUCAGGUUUCCUUACACUGUGGGUGAACAGGCCAACAUUAAACGGCAAUUUGCAGCGAUGUCCGGUUUCCCAAAUGUAAUCGGCGUAACUGACUGCACUCAUGUUGCUGUAAGGGCUCCGAGUGAAGAUGAAUUUCUCUAUGUGAACCGAAAAAAUGUACAUUCAAUCAGUGUAGAAAUUAUCUGUACAUCAAACAUGAUCAUAACAAAUUUAGUGUCAGGGUGGCCUGGGUCAACACAUGAUUCAUUCAUCCUGAUGCACAGCAGGGAAAAGACUGCAGGGGGCGCUGUGUGAAAUGCCGUGGAUCAGCAGCUUAUUUAUAUACAGAUACAUUCAUGAGUUACUUUGCAUUGACCAUUCAUGGUAAAAUGUGGGUGUGUUGUGGGCGGAAUGUGAGGUGGAUCCACCUGUGCAAUCUUCCAGCUGGUGUGUUAUUAUAAAGGGGAAAUUGCAUGCAGCUGUGCACAGUUUUAUAAAUCACAAUAUUUUUUGGCGUACGCCUAUUUCAGAUUUUCGGCGUACGGAAACUUUUAGUAUGGAUCCUACACAAUGUUUUAUAAAUGAGGCCCCUGGUCUCCACAGUCACCUGACCUAAACCCAAUCCAGAUGUUUUGGGGUGAGAUGGAUCGCAGAGUGAAGACAAAAGGGCAAACAAGUGCUCAGCAUCUCUGAACUCCUUCCACAUUGUUGGAAAACCAUUUGUGACAACCUCAUGAAGCUCAUCGAGAGAAUGCCAAGAAUGUGCAAAGCAGUAGUCAAAGCAAAAGGUGGCUAUUUGGAAGAGUCUAAAAUCUAAAAGAUCUUUUGAAUUAUUUGACCUGUUUUGCUUUACUAAAUAGGGCUGCACAGUGGAGUAGUGGAGUAGUGGUUAGCACUUUGGCCUUGCUGCAAGAAGACCCCCGGUUCAAAUCCCGGCCUGGGAUCUUUCUGCAUGGAGUUUGCAUGUUCUCCCUGUGCAUGCGUGGGUUUUCUCCGGGUACUCCGGCUUCCUCCCACAGUCCAAAAACAUGCUGAAGUUAAUUGGUUACUCUAAAUUGUCCGUAGGUGUGAAUGUGAGUGUGAUUGUGUGUCUGUAUAUGUAGCCCUGUGACAGACUGGUGACCUGUCCAGGGUGUCCCCUGCCUUCACCUGAGUCAGCUGGGAUAGACUCCAGCACCCCCCAUGACCCUAGUGAGGAUAAAGCGGUGGAUAGAGAAUGGAUGGAUUACUAAAUAAUUCCACGUGUUCAUUCAUGCUUUUGAUGCCUUCAGUGUGAAACUACAAUGUAAAUAGUCACAAGAAUAAAGAAAAACAUUAACCCUUUACGCUUCAGUGCGUCGUAAGUGUACCACCGGCGGUACACCUACUAAUUUGCGACUCACAUUUCCGGGUUCAUUAUUACACACAGAAAAAAAGAUUCCACAAAAAACGGCCAUAAUCCAACCUUGGACAUCCAGACAACACAAGCCAGUAAACUAUUUUGUCCAAAACAUGUCCUGAAGUCGGUAUAAAAUCCACGAAUCGGUCGUUUUCAAGGAAAUGCACCUCCCGAUGCGCGUCCAAUAUUCCCCGUAUUUUUCGUAAUUUUUUUUUAUUUAAAAAUAGAAUAUUAGCGAUUUUUUUGUACUGAAAACGGCUGGAAAUGACUGAAGCUUAAAGGGUUAAAUGAGAAGGUGUGUCCAAACUUUUGACUAGUAGUGCAUCUAUCAAGAUUUUACCUAAAUUUAUUUCCCAUAGUGGUCAUUAAUGUGCUAGUUAAACAGGAACAUAUAACAAAAUGAAAGUUCUAAUGACUGUGUAAGUUUGUGUAAUUGAGUCAAUUUAAGGUCAGACAACAGCAAGUCUGAUUUACAUUUCUAAUGCUGAGGACUAAAUGGACUCAUCAGAAUACUAAACCAAACCUUUUUUUCCACUACACAUUUGCAUACCUGCCUGGCAGCUAGUUUGGCAUCCCCUCAAACAAAGAACGAGCAGCUGCCUCACGGGACACCAUUGCUCAGGGUGCAUCCCUAUGCUCAGAGAUCUGUGGUUAUAAUACAUUAACAAUGUUGGGUCAUUUUCAUCAGGCCAGCUCUACUGCUGUCAUACGCAGUAUGAGAAAAUAGCAUGUUUUUGGAACAUAAAAGCAUGUAAAUACAAUCAUAAAACUACACGUGCAGAAUAUGGGCUCUUUAAAUGUGUAGCAGAGUGACAGUUCCUCACACAUGAUCAGAGCUGCAGCUGUACUGAUCAGCUGUCAGUACAGCUGCAGCAACUAAGAACAAAAUGUGGUUAAAACUGCACUAGCAGUGGGUAAGGUGAUAACUCUAGAGGAAAUAAUCUGCUCUGCACCACAUUUUCACCUCUUUUAGCUCAUCAUUCUUCAUUAAAUUUCUGCUUUCAUCAGAUUCAGUCCAGCAGCGUCCUUGUCCACUACCUGUUCAGUAAUAAACAUUUUACAGACA